CCUACUGUACAAAUUACGGCGAUGACUUAUCCGCGCUACAAUGCUGACUUUGCUGUCAAGAUUUUGUGUCUUCUAUUUGUACCUGUGGUCACCCUGAAUAAAACAAUUAUACACCUAGAUACUUCAGAGGAUAGAAACUGUGGAGGGAUAUACAACAUCUCGUCUGAAAACGAGAUCAGCUUAGUGGCAAGCGGAAGACUUCAUGGUGGCACAUGCGCAGUGACUUUUCGCACUGAUAACCAUAGCAGUUUAAAGUGCGGGAAAAUUUGCAUUAAGAUGACAAUCUCUCAGCUUCAGACUUGCGACAUGAAAAUGCUGUUCGUACCUGUAGUAUUCGACAAAUCAAAAGUCGAAAAUCCUAAGAGCUUCGAUUGCCGAUCGCCUUUCCCCGACGCUUGGUGUCCAUCGGCUGACGUUUUAUACGUCCUCCUGACGGAGAGCAAUCGGUAUCCCCGGACAACAGAAAACCAUUACAAGUUUGAAAUUGACGUCACGCCACAGUGCGUCACCAAGAGAGACAAAACAAAAGAGAGAGAAGCCAAAAUCUCGUACACGUAUCAUGAGAAGAAAAGUGUAAGAGAAAAGUGGAUCUAUAUAGAGGGCGUUAUUGUCAGUAUUUGCCUCGCUUCUAUUUUCCUGGUGGCUCUGGUUGUUCUGUACUGUUACUACAAAGCUCAGAAGGAAAACGGACCAUCCCGUAGUGAUGUUCCCAAAAGUUCAAGUAAAAAGCCUAUUCUUUCAAAUGUCAGAUCAAAGUUGCCAUUUCGAUCUCAUAAACGAAAGAGUCAUGACAGCGCAAGAUCUUCUGAAAGCUACCAGAAAAUUAUGGACACUGACCAGAAUCUCAAACCGGAUGUGGAAGUGAGUGAUAUAAUGCAGGACCGCACUGACUCAGCAUCCACGCUUGUGGUUGGUCUAGACAAUAAGCGGGUCGCAGAAAAUCAAGUUUAACAAUAUAUACAUCUGAAACACUAAUGCCUUUAUCCAAUCGAAAAUUGCCCCAGCGCUAACCAACCAAUUUCUAUCUCUGUUGAUAUUCAGGACACGUGUGUAAAAUGUUUCGCAAAAUAUCGUAAGGCAUUACUAGAACUCUGUUUUGUGAGUGCCCUAUAGUGAUCAGUCUGCCUGUCCUUCCGAAUUUAUUUGUCCGGAGAAUAUUAUGUCUCCCUUUGGCCCAUUCAGUCUCAAACUUCACCCAUAGAUUGCCCGUAGGAAGAGGGUGUGCACUGACCUUGAACCAAUUUUCUCGACCAAAGAUCAAGAUCGGUAAAACCUCUCUGUGUAAAAUCCUUGUGUGGAGUAUAUUUUCUUCUCCCUUUGGUCUUGCCUGGCUCAAACUUAACCAUAGAGUUCUAAUAGCUAGAAAGUUGCAGUGAUCUUGAACCAAUUUCCUAAGCAUGUGGUCAAGGUCAGACAACCACUUUUUGUAAAAUCCUUCUCCGGAGAAUAUUUUGUUUCGCCCCAGCUCAUCUGACUCGAACUUCACCCGAAAAAAAUCCCAUGGGUAGUUGGUGUGCAGUGACCUUAAACAAAUUUUCUAGAUGAAAGGUCAAGGUCAGAAAUCCUUUUUGCAUCAAAAAUCCUUGUCCAGAGUAUGCAUCUCUUUCCGUCGCAGUCAGGCUCAAACUUCGUCCAUAGAGUACCCGUGGGUAGAGGGAAUGCAGUGAUGAAAUAUGAAGAUAACGAACAGUAUUCAAUCUCGAACGUCCAAUGAAACGAUACAAAUUUGGAGCAAAGCAAACACGGACCUCAAAAUUUAGAGGUGGGAUCAGGUGCCAUGGGAUCUUGAAUCAAUUUUCCAAUCGAAGGACAAGGUCGAAAAACUCCUCUGCGUAAAAUCCUUUUCCGGAGCAUUUUUCCUCGGCUACAAAUUUACCAUAGAGUUUUCAUUGGUAGAAGGCGUGCCGUGACCAUAAACCAAUUUUCUACAUAUACAUGUAUAAGGUGAAGGUCAGAAAACCUCUGUGUAAACUUGUCCGGUGCAUAUUUUCUUUCCCCUUGGCCUUAUUUGGCUUAAACUUUACCCAUAGUAUCCCUAUGGGUAGAAGGUGUGAAGUGAUCUUGAACUAAUUUUCUCGAUCAAAAUUCAAAGUUGAAUACUAGUAACCUCUCUGCGUAAAAUCCUUGUCUAAAGCAUAUGUUCUCUCCCAUUGGCCCAAUCAGGCUCAAACUUCACCUAUAAAGUGCCUGUUAGUAGAGGUUGUGCAGUGUCCUUGAACCGGUUUUCUAGAUGAAAGGUCAGGGUUGAAAAACCUCUCUGUGUAAAUUCCUUGUUCACAGCAUAUUUUCUCUCCCCUUUGGCCUAGUUGGACUAAUACUUCACCCAUAGAGCGCCAAUAUGUAGAGAGUGUGCAGUGAUCUUGUAUCAAUCUUUAUAGAUGAAAGGUCUGGGUUGGAAAACCUCUGAUUUAAAUCCUUAUCCUUGGCAUAUUUUCACAUUCCUUGGCCCAGUCUGACUUAAACUUCACCCAUAAGAGUGUCCACUGGUAGAGUGUGUGCAGUGUCCUUGAGUUAAGUUUCUAGGUCAGUGGUCAAGGUCAUUGUAACUCUGUGUAAAAUCUUUUUCUCACAUUGUCCCCGUCAGGCUCAAACAUCAACAAAGAGAGUCCUUGGAUAAAGAGGCUUACAUCUUAAUAUUCUUUACUAAAAGCGAUGCCCUUUAAGAUGGUCACCAUCUCAGAUAUGUUACGUUUUAUCUAAUUAACCUCUAGCUUACCAUUUAACAGAAUGACAUCAUUUUCAAAAAUGUUUGUCUUGUUUUUUUUAUUAAAUUAUUUGAAUAUUUGAUUCAAUUGUUAUUUAAUUAGCUACUGUCAUUUUUGCUGAUAUUUUUUAACUGUGCAAUUCGUUAUGGCUGUACGUCAUAUUUUGUACUUUUAAUUCAUUUGUGUGUGUGUGAUUUGAAUAUGCAAAUGAGAACUUUUUUUAGGUAACAGUUGCUUUCUUCAUAAUUGUCCGUGUUGGACUGCAUUGAAAUCACGUUUUUGGAGGUAUAUAUGUGUGGGAUUAUAUCCUUAAAUAUUAAGAGGGCAAUAUUGUCAAUUGUAUUUUUUAAACAAAGUUGUACUGUAAGAUUAUUCUAAAACAUUUUUGUCUUUUGCAUUUUGAAUGUUUUUAUAUUACAUAUGCACGUUUUGAAAAUCAAAAAUGAAUCACAACUGAAAUCGCUCUGUGGUUAUCAUUCAACCAUUGUCUAUUUGCUUGUAUUAUAUUUACAUAAGAUGUCAAGGUCUAAGUUUCACCUAAAAACAACAAAUGGGGUGUGAAUAGCACAAUAGUCAAAGUUGUUUAAAACUCACAAGCUAAUAUGUGUAUAUAAUUAUUUUAAGGGAUGUCAACGAAUAUUCGAAUAUUCAAAUAUUCAUUCGAUGAGUUGAUAUUCGAAUAUGAAUUUAAGAUUCGAAUAUUCGGUGUUUUUUUCAGAUUUCAUAAAAAGAAGUACUGUGAUUAAUAAAUUUUGAUUAGAACAGUGCUGGAAUUAUCCCUGUUUAAUUUAUUAGCGAUCAAUUUCGAUCGCCUGAUUUCUUUCACUACUUUCUUAUCUUACGUAUCUACUAAAUUAUUGUACCCCCCGCUUGAAAAGUGGGAGGGUAUAUAGUGAUCGGGGUGUCCGUCCGUCUGUUACGCUUUGGGGUACCUAUCUCUUAUCCGCAACUCCUCUUAUACCACUGAAUGAAAUUUAAUGAGACUUUCACAGAAUCUUUGUUACAUCGUGCCAUUGUGCACCUCCUAUUUUACUUUUUGAUCUGACACUUAUUUUGGGUCUCUCAGGGCAAAACAUGGACUUUGCCAUUAUAAUCAUAUGGGAGGC